AAGCGUCACCGUGGCGGUGGAGGCAAGAGGCAGGAAGACCCCUGAUGGCUUAAAAAAACCCAAAACCCAUCCUGCGGUUUCCAGAGAUCACAGAUACCAGUAAUGAAGGCAGAGCAAGGCCGGAAGUGAGAGGGGGUUUUAACAAGACGAAGAGCCGGGCGAGCUGAGCGCGCAUUCAAGUGCUCCCACCAGAGCCGCCAGCCGGAGCCGGGGAGCGUCUGUGCGAAGGGAAGCGAGGCCAAGGACAUCAGCAGAGCCAUUCUCUUCGAGUCCCUGAGCUGCUGGCAACCUGCAGGACACCGAUGGCACCUGGCAGAGGCUGCUUGGUCCUGGCCACUCUGCUGGCGAUUGCGGACAUCCAGCCUGGCGGAUGCAUGCAAAUCCUCAGCUCAGCUUCCCAGCAAGGAAGGCGACUGAUCUUAAUCUGCACCUUGCGGCAUACGGAUGAAGAGGCGGAGGGGGCCAUCAUGUUUCUGUGCAAGGACAGGCCUUCAGACUGCUCCCCUGAGACCAGCUUGGAGCAGCUGAGUCUGAAACGCCCUCCUAAGACGGAUGGUGUCCGUAAACGGUCAUCUCGGCUGGAGUUCACCAUAGACGAAGCCACGCCAUCGGCCAACGGGACCUACCAGUGUUGUGCCAAAAGCCAGAAGCCAGAAAUCCUCCUCCAAGGUCACUUUUUCUCCGUUUCAGUCACAGAGACAGGGAACUACACGGUGAACGGACUGAAACUAACAAGACAGCAGGAGUCCAGCCACGGUAACGGCCCUCUCCACAGUAACGGCCCGCUCAGUCCCAGCGUCCUGCAGGAGGUCUGGGUGAUGCUGGCCACCAGCCUGAUGGCCCUUCAAGCUCUGUAAGAGCUUCCUGCCAGAAGAAAUCUUUUU